AUGGAACCACUACAGAUCCUGGCCAACCAUCGAGACACCGGACUGACCGGAAGCCUCCUGGCGGGCAAGUACCGUGCCCUUGCUGCAUCUGGUGCGUCCGUCUCCUUCCACUGGCUGCCCACCCAUGUGGGCAUCGCUGGUAACGAGGAGGCAGACGCGCUUGCCAAGGCAGCACACCAGCCUGGCACCCCCAUCACCCGUCCCGUCGCGGCUAGGGACUACACGCAGGCCCGUCUCAAGAAGCUCCUGGUCACGGUCCACCCAGACUCAAGGGUGGCCAGUGGACGAGGGCCAAAGCUGCUAACAGAGACGGCCCUCACCAGGAGAGAUCGGUCUGCCCUGCAGCGCCUGCGGACCGGCUGUGUGUGGACCGCUGCCCGCCGACAUGCGAAGGGUCUCGGCGCCUCCCCAGCCUGCAGCCGCUGCGGCGAUCCUGAGACCCUCGAGCACCUCCUCUGUGCCUGUCCUGGCUUGGCACAGGAACGCUCGAGGGUCACUACGGCCUACCGGAACCAGGGCCUACCUGCCUCCACACUCGAACACCUGCUCUUCCCGUCGCGUCCCCACCUGCCAGCACUCCGGAGCCUGGUGGAGUUCCUGGACGAGACGGGAAUAGCCGCCUACCGAUGA